CCCUUAUUCUCCUAUGAUUAUUAAAAGUACAAUAAACACUUCUGCGGCUGAGACUGAGAGUGAGCUGAAUUCGGUUUCUGGGAAUUAUAUAGAGGAAUUAAUGGACCUUUAUAGACUGGUUUGUGGAGCCCUGAUCCUCCUGCCUUGGGACUCCACUCCUAUGGCUUCUCCUCGUCAUUCCAUCCCUCCGGGUCUGUCAGGCUCCUCCUUCCCUCCGUCCUCAGUCUCUCCGACUCCGCAGCGGGCUUCCAGAGCCCUGCCUCGGUCGCCGGUGCCUUCAGCACUGCCUUGGACCUCUGGAUCCCCGGUAUCACCCUUGCUCUGCGGCUGCUCUGCUCCAUCAUUGGCUCCUCACCCACCAGAGCAGUCUCCAUCUGUCGGCCCCCUGGUUUUGUUGGCUCUUCCUCCACCAUGGCUCCUCCCGCUGUCGACUCCACCGUGGGUCAUCAUCCUGGCUGGUCUCUGGAGCACCAUCUGGCUCCUCCUGCUCCGGCCUCCUCCCUGGCUCCAUCCUCCAUCCACUCCGCCCUGAUACCAAGCUCCUUGCUCCCUCUUUGCCUGCCCCUUGCCUCCCCCACACCCGCCUCCAGAAACCCACCCUCCCUCCGCUGGUAUUCCUCUUGCGGUGCGAGGACUUACCAUUCUGGGAGGGAGUGAACUGUUAGGUACAUGGACUUUCAAGGAAUAAAUAAGAUUUUAAAAUGCAUUAAAACGGCUAUUUUAAAUUGGAAUAAUAUUUCACACUAUUUUUUUUUUUACAGUAGUUUUUUUCUGUAUUAUAAAAUACAUUAACUUUUUUUUUUUUGUGCUGAACUAUUUUCUAUUAUUUUUCAGUAUGAGGUAGUUGUAAUAUUUAUGAAGCUGCUCUUGCCUCAUCCAUAUUGUAUUUAUUUACUUUUGAAUUCUUGGAAUUCUCUUUUAAGCAAAGGAUACAUAGAAGGCAGCAUAAUUUACCUUUUGAAACAGCCAGAUCAAUAGGUUUUGGACCAGAGCAAUAGACUUUACCGGAGCCAAUGGUUCUGGUACAGUACUGUACAUGUGUGUUGUUGUUUUAAA